UGUGUAUUUAUUAUAGAAAAAACGCAUUCUUGGCUACCUUAACACAAAAAUACAAAAAGUCGUGUUUAGUGUGCAAUAAAUCAAGUAGAUUUCAGUCAAAUUAAUUGAAGGUGCCAUAAAAAUAUUUGCUAUUCCUAACUACACAAGUCAAAUGAGCACUUUUUGCAUAGUAAAUGUUAUAUAAAAAGACGGUAGUUCUGAAGUAAAUAAAAGAAGCGACACAAAUAAAGAAGAAAACAGUGAUUUUGAUAUAUAACACGUACACCCCGUGUGGAAAUUCAAAACAGGAAAGGAAGAGAAAAACAGAAGAAAAAAAUAAUAAUUGUUGUGUUAAGCACACUAUAGAAAUGGUUGUUGUGCUUCUUGUAGAUUUUAAUCAAUCACCUAAUAUAUAAAAAUGUAUGUCAAUUUGAGCACUACGAUGAAAAUCUAUAAUGCGGUUGAGACACUGUUAUUCGAGGGAACAAUCACUAGCAAUCGGCAAUAACAACUUCUCUUGUGCUCUAAAGUACAAUAAUAAAUGCGAGAUGCCAGCCUUAAAUUACACUACUACUAGUCUCAUUUUUAAAAUUAAUAUAAAAAAGAAAAAUUACAAAUAUAAUCAAGUGAAAAAGACUAGAGUACUAUUGUUGUUGCUAGUCUGAACUAAAUUAUGAUUAUAACAUUUUUGGUGAUAUUCUCAUUUCUACGUGACUUACGUAAAAAACGAAACUAUUCAUUCCGCAGUAGUAGUAGUAGAGGUCGAUUGCUUGACACACGAGAAAAUACUCUUACAACUAGUGAUUCACAAGAAGAUUUUCUCGCAUUUACGUCAACAUCAGUUAGUGAGACAAUUUACUCGUCAGCAACUAGUGCCACUUUUAAAUUACGCAAUGAAUCAAGCUCAAUUUGCUCGGACAUUACAUUAGCAUCUACAGAUCCAGAUAGUCGCCGUUGCUCGGAGCAGGAUGCCGUUAGCACAACCGCUCGCAUGACAAGCCGAAAAUACAUUGGUUAUAAGCAACAGCGUAGCAGAUACUCGAGGGGUAGCUUGCCACGACGUCGACGGACAACAGGAAGGUUAGAUUCCUGUCCCUUCCUAGGAUAUAAUUCGGAUAAAAUGAUUUUUGAUGCUGAAAAUGGUGGCCAAAGUACAGGUGGAGCAAGAUCUCCAUUGGAAGGAAAUCAAGCUGAAAAAGGCUUGGUGCUACAACAAAAUUGUCCACAGAGACGAGAGUCCUUUUUAUAUCGUUCAGAUAGUGAUUUUGAGAUGUCACCAAAAUCAAUGUCAAGGAACUCUAGCAUUGCUAGUGAGCGUUUUAAAGAGACUGAAGCACCGCCAAUGCCUACAGAAAGAACGCAUAUGGAAGAGCUUAUUGUUACUCCAUUCGCGCAAAUAUUGUCUAGCUUAAGGACCGUACGAAAUAAUAUGUACAAUCUAACAAAUGUUCAACAAAAGUCGAAGAGAGCGCCAUCGGUUGCACAGGCAUCGAAACCGUUAGUGCCGGGUGAAGAGUCUUACGUUAAGUUAGCCACUGAGACGAUUGAUGAGCUUGACUGGUGUUUAGAUCAAUUGGAGACAGUGCAAACACAUCGUAGUGUUUCCGAUAUGGCAUCGUUGAAAUUUAAAAGAAUGCUUAAUAAGGAGCUAUCACAUUUGAGUGAGUCUAGUAGAUCUGGUAAUCAAAUAUCGGAGUAUAUUUGCUCAACAUUCUUGGAUAAACAACAAGACUAUGAUUUACCAAGUUUAGUUGAAGAAAAUUUGGCAUCUGAGAGAAGUCCACAAGUACGAAGCCGUUCGCCACGUUCAACAAAUGUCCCACCUCCUAUGUCACAAAUUGCCGGUUUUAAUAAAAAGCCACUGAUGCACACCAAUUCUUUUACCAGUGACCGCCUUCCGUCAUAUGGCGUAGAAACACCUCACGAGGCGCAACUGGGUCAGGCACUUGGAGAAAUGAAUAACUGGGGCAUUGAUAUAUUUAAAAUUGGUUUACUUAGUAUGAAUCGUCCACUUACUUGUGUCGCAUACUGGAUAUUUUGCGAACGGGAUUUACUCAACACUCUCAUGAUACCGGCUAAAGUAUUUUUGGCAUUUAUCACAACACUAGAAGAUCACUAUGUGAAAGACAAUCCAUUUCAUAACUCGUUACAUGCUGCGGAUGUAACACAAAGUAUACAUGUUUUACUCAAUUCACCAGCGCUUGAAAAUGUCUUUACGCAGCUUGAAAUCUGCGCAGCUGUUUUUGGUGCAGCUAUUCACGAUGUUGACCAUCCUGGAUUAACUAACCAAUUUUUGAUCAAUUCAAGUUCGGAAUUAGCACUUAUGUACAAUGAUGAGUCUGUUUUGGAAAACCAUCACUUAGCAGUUGCCUUUAAACUUUUACAGAAUAAAGAAUGUGAUCUCUUCCAAAAUCUUCAAAAAAAACAACGCCAAACAUUGCGCAAAAUGGCAAUUGACAUGGUUUUAUCAACCGACAUGUCUAAGCAUAUGACAUUAUUAGCUGACCUGAAAACUAUGGUUGAAACAAAAAAAGUUGCUGGCUCUGGUGUUCUGAUGUUAGACAAUUAUACGGAUAGAAUACAGGUGCUCGAAAACAUGGUUCAUUGCGCUGAUUUGAGCAAUCCUACGAAGCCAUUACCACUCUAUAAGAAAUGGGUCUCAUUAUUGAUGGAAGAGUUCUUUAGACAAGGUGAUAAAGAAAGAGCAGCUGGAAUGGACAUAAGUCCCAUGUGCGAUCGCCAUUGUGCUACAGUUGAAAAAUCACAAGUAGGAUUCAUUGAUUACAUUGUUCAUCCGCUCUGGGAAAGUUGGUCUGAAUUAGUGAGUCCAGAUGCGCAAGAAAUUUUAGAUACUCUAGAGGAAAACAGAGACUAUUAUCAAAGUUUAAUCCCACCGUCACCACCUUCAGAUGAUGGCGAUGAUAAAAUACGCUUUCAAGUAACUUUAGAAGAAGAAGGUAAUUCAGAGGUUGAGGACGAAGAAAGAGAAAUGGAAGAAGAAACACACGAAAAAGAGAACGAAUGAUAACAACAAUUAAAUUAUCAUAUAAAAAGUCACAUACAAUAAUUUAAUAAUAAGAUUUAUAAUUAAGAACUUGUAUAGAAACCUAAAUGUGUGCUACUCGGUUCAGUACAACUUCAUCAUCAUCAUUGUUGUCGCCAAUUAAAUGUAAUUAAAAAAAAAAUAAACAAAACAAAAACAAUGGGAAAAAUCAUCAAUAUACUAUAUUAAAACAAUACCUAAUGCAAACGCUAACAAGUAUAUAAAGAAAACUAAUAAUGGAAAAUACAGUGUUGUGUAAAUCAGUCGAUCAGUUAAAUUAUAAGUUCAUUACAAUUGUACUAUAUUAAUAAACAAAUCUGUGGACAUAUAGUUGCCGCAAAAAAAUAAUAUAGUAAAUGAAGGGCGGGUUCCCUUUACUACGGUAUAUAAUUAAUAUAACAAUGAAUUUGAUAAAUAUUAAACUUAAUUAAGAGCAUCACAAAAUAUACAGAACAAAAGAAGAAAAUAUUAAUUUUAAAUUCAAAUGAAAUAAAAGUUGUUCUUUUCAUUUUCGUUCAAAUAUAUAUAUAUAUAUGUAUAGUGAAAAUGAUGUAGCAAAUAUGUGAAUGUAAACCAAACUGAUAGUUAAACAAAUUUUAAUAAAGCGCGCUUCGAUAUUACGACAGUUUAUGUAUCUCCGUUAAAUUUACAUUGUUAGUGUCAUUAACAGGUAUGAUUAGAGUGAAUAGACUUUAGAAUAAUACCUUACUACUACUGCUUUGGGCUUGAGAAAAGGACAAUUAGAAAAUAGCACGCAAAUUUUCAGUGUCUUUUACCGAAUCAAUACAUUUACUACGUUUUUACAAAACUUUUCUUCUCAUAAAUAUUUGUUUUGUUGGUUCUAAAUUAAUUUGAAAAAUUACUUACA